AUGGGACCCGAAAAUUCACGUUUUGUGCUGAACACGCUUCUCCAACCUUUUUGUGAGAUGACUCUGAACUGUUACGAGAUAAAAGUAAAUAAAAACUGUGACGUCUGACUCCUAUAGUUCAUUCAUCCUAACUUCCAGUAAAGUUUUGAAUUUCAGAUGCAGGCCUUCUCACCAAGGAAGUCCUUGAGGUUGGGGAAGAGACGUACCAGUACAUCGAAUACAUCAAAGGUUUGAGAGAGAUUCGGAUGGAUCGAUGGCUUUUUGCCUUUCAAACAUGGAAUCGCUCAGUUCAUUAAUCUUUACCACCGACUGAAGUCUCGACAGGAGAUCAGUUGAAAUGGGGAGACAAGUGGAAUACACGAUUCAGUUUGAUGAUGAGAACAAAAAGGUAUAACUUUUGAGUUUUUCUGCAAACUGGCUAUUCUUUAUAAACCCUGAUCACGGUUUUAGGAAGUCUCAUUUUGCAAAAAUAUCUCCGAGAGGGCUCAAGAGGAUAAUAGGUUAUUUCGUUUUGAGUUUUAAUAGCUUUGUUUUCAAUUUGGAAGCUUCCUUUCUCCAAAAUUAGAAAUGAUAGGUUGAGACUUUGGUACUAUCAAGGAGUUGCGAUUCACGAAGAUUUUCGACUGGGAAGUGAAAAUGACCUUCCUUUCAAGGUACGUGUUUCUUGUCGCGCGGAAGAGCUCUGAGUCGGCUUUCGGCUGAAGAAGAGGUGAACGCGCUUGUCAAGACAACCAACAGGUGUCUUUGGCGUCCCGAGUUCGGGAUUUCCUACAUGAUUGAGGCACUCCCGGCUCUUACGGCGGUUUGAUUGUUCCUUCAUGCGCGAUGUAGUUUUUCACAUUUCAGGCCUCAUCGCUUGCUUCAACGUCGUCGAAGCGAACAUGAAGAUGCGUAGAAAGAAGUGCAGCGGCUACUGAAGAAGGUUACCGAGAAGAAUCUCAAGACCAAGUUUUUAAAGUAAAAUAUUGUGUUUGAUUCAACUUCCUCAGUUAAUCUUUCUUCAAAAGACGAACAAAUGGAAUGCUUGUAGAAAAAUUCUAAUUGUUGGCAUUGAAAUUUUUGGAAAAUUUCUUUAAUGACGAACGCAUUGAAUAUUAUUCUGCAACCUUUUAUAUUUAAAAUUCACUGUACCGGUGAGUUUUGAGUUUUGAAAAGAAAGAAAAGAGGACAAUUUGGUGCCGUUAUUAUAUAUUGGUUUCUGGACAACAAAAGGCGUCUUUAAGUGUUUACAAAUUGCAGAGAGUCGAUUUUGUCGAUUUCCUUCCCAUCAUUAGGAGCAUCGGACUUCACAUCGCCGUCUUUCAAACCAAAUCCGGAGAGCAACGAGUCGGCUGGAAGCAUUUUCUGGCCAGAGCAGGCUGUCUUUUUAGGUCACCCAAGGUGAAUUAAUUCACAAAAAAAAAACCUAAUUUCGAGUUUAAGAUUCAAAAACUUGACGAAAAACAUCCGAGGCCGUCGAGGGAGCAAGGUCGCAAUCAAUGUACCAAUUUUUAAAGAUACCAACACGCCAAACCCUUAUGUUGUAAGUGACUUCAAUUCUCUGAUUCUCAGCUGAAUUCAAAAGUUUUGAUUUUAAUUGCGUAUUUUUCCAUUAGAGAUUUGUGUUCACUGAAAAUUGGAUAAAAAUAAAUUGUCACUUUUCUCUCGAAAGUGUUUUCUCUCUGAUAACUAUAUCCGAGUCAGUCAAGUUUUCGUGAAGAUUUUAUCAGUGUACGGAAAGAGCUGCAGGGACUCACAAGACAGUCGCCAAACCGGAUCACAUUUACAUGGACCCAUAGAGGUUUCGGCAUGGGAUGCUGUCACUGUUUGCAGGCGUCUUUUCCAAUAAAAAUUUUGAAGUAAUAAAUACACGGUUUGUUUUCGAUUUAGAGCUGAAAUAUUUGAAAAGGAGAAAGUUUUUCAUUAGAAAAGCAUGAAAUGAAUCGUCUGCUUUUUAAUAUUAACAGUUAAAUGAACUACAAAAUGCAGCGUGCUUAUUUGUGAAAGAACAACCCUAAUAGUAAUGCCAGUUUCAGACUAUCCAUCGUUCAAAGUGAGUUUUCUAUAAAUUUGCCCAGAAACUUCGGAAGAAGUUUGGGUUUACGAAAUUUCUAACUUUCCGUUUAGCACAGAGUCAAGCUUGCGACCAAUACACGGAACUUUUGAGAAUCGUAUUCCUAAAAAUUAAAGUACGUUGAGGUAGCAACUAUGACGAGACUUAAUGCCAAACUUUCAAAUAGUUCGGACCAGAUUAUCUCAAAGCAAGUUCACAAAGUUGACACUAAAAUAAUCUCUCUUGUUAGUUUGCUAGAGCGCACUUUGGAAGGGUUUGAAAACAACUCCAAUAGAAGAUUUUCUGAUGUUCUCUUGAUGCUGAAUUUGCUACUCAGGACUAUUAGGAAAACUUGCUACUCAGGGAUUUUAUUGAUAUAAAUUUGUAACUCGGAUUUUUGGCAGGUGACCUUCCAAGCUGUCGAAGUGUGAACGAGGCUCGAUGGCUCUACGACCAGCUCACUCAAUCACUCCGAUCCUGCUGGCUCUUCUGCCGCGACGCCGAUUUUCCGUCGAAAUUAUCGGAUGUUGACUCGCGAUGGACAUCAUCAGUGCAGUAAGGACCGUGAGUGAAGAGGUUUCUUCUAAUUUCGGGCUGUAGAGUGUCGACGACCGAACUCCAGAAGAACGGGACUGGUUCGCUUAAAACUCAAAUGGACAAUCUCAAACGCGUUCAGUUUGUUCUUCUGUCGUUUUAAAAUUUGAUAUUUAGUCGAAAGAGCUUUUUGUCAUUUUUCGAUUGAUUUGAUGAAACCCAUCUAACCAAGUAUUAAAAAGAAACAUGUCUUAAUUUUUGGUAGUAGAGAAUUUUUACGCGGAACUUUUACGGAAGAGUUAUUUUACUAUGUGAUAGAUAAUUUUACUGAAAAUAUGAGAGUUUUUGAUGCAACAGUAGGUAAUUAAUUUACUUUAACUUCCUGUUUUCGAUAAAACCAUCAAGUCCCUCAUAAAGCCAUAGUUUUGACUUCAUCCAUUGUUACUUGAAAUAGAGGAAGUUUGGCUGAUUACGGUUUUUCAGACCUUAAGAAAAUUUCAAGGUUUUUAUUAAAACAACAGGAACUUUGGAAAAUAAGCCUUGAAAAGAGCUGGCCUUCGAAACCCUUACUCAAACGUUACAAGUCUAAAAAGAUUACUGAAGAGAUCAUUUAUUUGUAGAGGUACGACAGUACGGACUGCUAUAUUUAUCCCUGCUCCGUGGGUUACAACGACAUCCCGCUGCAGUACGAUGAAGGCCUCUAUAAGCAGAUGCUGGACGGCGGAAUCGACAGGCCGACUCAUGAAAACCACAUCGCCCACGCGCAUGUUCAUCCGUGA